UGCAUCCCCCGAACCUGAUCGCUAUCCGCCAUUAUUAAAGCCGCCGCGCCGCCCGUCUCGCGCCGCAACCUCCAUCCUACGCCUUCCACCCGCUUCCACAGCCCCUCGUCACCGCAAACCACGCGCUCCUCUCUCGCUCCUCUCUCGCUCUAGUCUUCCCUGACCUGCGUCUGCGGGAUUGUCCCAGCGACCGAUUUCUCUUCGGCCCAUCGACUCUUCGACCUUCGACCCUCGACCCUUCGCAUCUCUGCCCUCGGAGGCGAGCCGUACGACCUCAAUUCAGACAGUCCUCGUCGACAUCACGCGGCAGUUGCAAUUGCGUUUGAGGGCUUACACCGCACUUGGAGGGCGCUUUCCCCUUCUGAGAGCAGCGAGAGUGGAAGCCACGAAGCAACGUGCGAGCUGAGCCAACGACUCCUGCCAGUCCUGUCAAUUCGUUCCCCUGUUUCCGCGGUCGCCGUAUUCCCCUCGACACGAUGGCACAAAAUGGCGAGCCUGUGAUGCGCAGGAAACUAGUCAUUAUUGGCGACGGAGCUUGCGGAAAGACCAGUCUUUUGAGCGUCUUCACCCUCGGAUAUUUCCCUACACGUUACGUGCCGACGGUCUUCGAGAAUUACGUCACGGACUGCAGAGUAGACGGAAAGUCGGUGCAGUUAGCGCUUUGGGAUACGGCCGGCCAAGAGGACUAUGAGCGACUCAGGCCGCUCGCCUAUUCCAAGGCCCAUGUGAUCCUGAUAGGCUUCUCGGUCGAUUCUCCGGAUUCGCUCGAGAACGUCAAGCACAAGUGGGCUGAAGAGGCCCGAGAACGAUGUCCAGGUAUCCCGAUCAUAUUGGUUGGCCUCAAGAAGGAUCUCCGCGACGAUCCCCUCGCCCAGGAAGAAAUGCGGAAGAAGUCCCUCAAGUUCACCACCCCGAAAGCUGGAAGCGAUAUGAAGGAGAUGAUCGGCGCAAGAAAGUACCUCGAAUGCUCCUCGCUAACGGGUGACGGUGUCGACGACGUGUUUGAGGCUGCGACUCGCGCCGCCCUUCUGUCCGUGGACAAGAAAGAGGGAGGCGGCUGCUGCGUCAUUCUAUGAAGCGACCUUAUCAUCGAUUGUAAUUUUGCAUUGGGCGGUGUUUUCUGGGCGCUUGUUGCUUCACUCCGGACUGCUUCACCUCGCUAGUCAUUGCUAAGCGUCGGCUUCCCUCAGUCAGCUCGUCUCUCGGCAUAGC